AUUAUAAGGGGCGGGGCCUGGCUUGCAGCGGGGGUAGUGGGAGACUUCGCCGCGUGGCAGUCUUCUCUACAGAGCGCUGAGUUCCUGGAGUUCCGCCGCUGCUGGCUGCUGUGGUUCUGCCGACUUUACUCCCGACUCCAGCAGGACUUGCUGCGAUAGCGAUCUGCUACGAUACUGAGCGCUCCACUCCUGGAUCUUCCCCUUAGAGGACCCAAAGGCCAACCAGAAGCAGAAGACAGCUCUGUUACCCUACAAAGGCACAGCAACCUUUCAGCUAUGAAGCAUAUUUUGAAUCUGUACCUGCUGGGUGUGGUGCUCACCUUGCUGUCUGUCUUCUUUAGACUCAUGGAAUCAGUGGAGGGAUUACUGGAAAGCCCAUUGCCUGGAAGCACCUGGACCAUGAGAAAUCAUUUAGCCCACACUGAGCUACCCAAAACCCUUCCUGAUCACCCAUCCAGAGGGGUGCAGUAAGAUCUCCCUCAGCACCAGCCAUGCCUUAAAACACAGACCUCAGCAUAUCGUACCUGGUGUCUCAGCAGGCAAGCUCCCAGUGUUUCCAGAAAACCGUUAACAAGACUGGGACAGCCUACGUGGAUGCUCUUUGCCCUGAAACAGAGCCAGUUGAGUAUAGAGGUGUAAGUGGGCUGCCUUUGUUUUCUCUCCCUUUUCCCCAGUGACUCUUGGCUUUGAUGUCCUCUGCACUGUGCCUCUGACACCUCUGAAAUGUGGAGUCAUGCUGCAACUUCAGCUUACAUCCUAAACAUUCAACAAGAGUUUCUUUGGACCUGGGUGCCUCAUGGCAGCUUUGAUUGGUUGGUGUUGUCUUCUUGUGAGAACUCUUUUAUGUCUAGAUAAUAGUUGAGGUGUAUCAGUUGGCUACAAGCAGGAGCAGGAUGGAGUAUCAAGUGUAUUACUUCACAGUUUUCAAUCCAUCCAACAUAGUGUGUAUGUGUUUGUAUAUAUUAGUCUAAAGAGCACAGUGGGAUGACACCCUCCUGGGACAUGGGUAUUAUGGUCACCAUGUGGCUUAAAUUAAUUUUUCUAAUGCAAUAAAGUUGAAUAUAUA